AUGAGCAGUGCCGCUACCGCCACCUCCUCUGCCACCACGGCCGGCAGCGGCGCGGGGGAAGGGGCCGAGGAGGCGGCCAAGGACUCGGCGGACAUCGCGGCGUUCUUUCGAUCCGGGUUUCGCAAAAAUGAUGAAAUGAAGGCUAUGGAAGUAUUGCCAAUUUUAAAGGAAAAGGUUGCAUAUCUUUCAGGUGGCAGAGAUAAACGUGGAGGUCCCAUUCUAACGUUUCCAGCUCGAAGUAAUCAUGAUAGAAUACGACAAGAAGACCUUAGAAGACUAAUUUCAUACCUAGCAUGUAUUCCUAGUGAGGAAGUAUGUAAACGAGGAUUCACUGUCAUUGUGGAUAUGCGUGGGUCAAAAUGGGACUCCAUAAAGCCUCUGCUGAAGAUUUUACAGGAAUCCUUUCCGUGUUGUAUUCAUGUUGCACUGAUAAUCAAGCCAGACAAUUUCUGGCAGAAACAGAGGACUAACUUUGGCAGCUCUAAGUUUGAGUUUGAGACAAAUAUGGUGUCUCUGGAAGGCCUUACCAAAGUAGUUGAUCCUUCUCAGCUAACCCCAGAAUUUGAUGGCUGUUUGGAGUACAACCAUGAGGAGUGGAUAGAAAUCAGAGUUGCCUUUGAGGACUACAUUAGCAAUGCAACCCAUAUGCUGUCCAGACUGGAGGAAUUGCAAGAUAUGUUGUCAAAAAAGGAAAUGCCUCAGGACCUGGAAGGUGCUCGCAAUAUGAUCGAGGAGCAUUCACAGUUAAAAAAGAAAGUCAUUAAGGCUCCUAUCGAGGACCUCGAUGUGGAAGGACAAAAGCUGCUCCAGCGGAUACAGAGCAGCGAUAGUUUUCCCAAGAAGAACUCUGGGUCAGGGAAUGCAGACUUACAGAACCUAUUACCCAAAGUAUCCACCAUGCUGGACAGGCUGCAUUCAACACGGCAGCAUCUGCAUCAGAUGUGGCAUGUGCGGAAAUUGAAAUUGGACCAAUGUUUUCAGCUCAGGCUGUUUGAGCAGGAUGCUGAGAAGAUGUUUGACUGGAUCACACACAACAAAGGUCUGUUUCUGAACAGCUACACAGAGAUCGGAACCAGUCAUCCCCAUGCGAUGGAGCUUCAGACGCAGCACAAUCAUUUUGCUAUGAACUGUAUGAAUGUGUAUGUAAACAUAAACCGCAUCAUGUCAGUAGCAAGUCGUCUGGUUGAGUCUGGCCAUUAUGCUUCCCAACAAAUAAAACAGAUUGCUAGUCAGUUGGAGCAAGAAUGGAAGGCGUUUGCUGCAGCCUUGGAUGAACGUAGCACAUUACUGGAUAUGUCCUCCAUCUUCCAUCAGAAAGCUGAACAGUACAUGAGCAAUGUGGACUCAUGGUGUAAAGCCUGUGGUGAGGUGGAGCUUCCCUCAGAACUGCAGGAUUUAGAAGAUGCUAUCCAUCAUCAUCAAGGGAUAUAUGAACAUAUUACCUUGGCUUAUUCUGAGGUGAGCCAAGAUGGGAAGUCACUGCUUGACAAACUUCAGAGACCUUUGACUCCUGGGAGUUCCGAUUCUCUCACUGCUUCUGCCAACUACUCGAAAGCAGUUCACCAUGUUCUGGAUGUCAUCCAUGAAGUACUGCACCACCAGCGCCAGCUGGAGAAUAUUUGGCAGCAUCGAAAGGUCCGCUUGCACCAGCGGCUUCAGUUAUGUGUUUUUCAACAGGAUGUUCAACAGGUGUUGGAUUGGAUUGAAAACCAUGGAGAAGCUUUUCUUAGCAAACAUACUGGAGUGGGGAAAUCCCUUCAUCGAGCAAGAGCUUUGCAAAAACGUCAUGAAGACUUUGAAGAGGUUGCACAGAACACAUAUACCAAUGCAGAUAAGCUCCUAGAAGCAGCUGAACAGCUCGCUCAAACUGGGGAAUGUGACCCAGAGGAAAUUUAUCAAGCUGCCCAUCAACUGGAAGACCGGAUACAGGAUUUUGUUAGGCGUGUGGAGCAACGCAAGAUCCUGCUGGACAUGUCUGUGUCCUUUCACACUCAUGUUAAAGAGCUGUGGACAUGGCUUGAAGAGCUACAGAAAGAACUGCUUGAUGAUGUCUAUGCCGAGUCUGUGGAGGCUGUCCAAGACCUGAUUAAACGUUUUGGUCAACAACAACAGACUACUCUGCAGGUUACAGUCAACGUCAUAAAAGAAGGUGAAGAUCUUAUACAGCAACUAAGGGAUUCUGCUAUUUCUAGUAAUAAGACCCCCCAUAACAGCUCGAUCAACCACAUAGAGACAGUCCUGCAGCAGUUGGAUGAGGCACAGUCUCAGAUGGAGGAACUUUUUCAAGAACGCAAGAUCAAGCUUGAGCUGUUUCUGCAGCUCCGCAUAUUUGAAAGAGAUGCAAUAGAUAUAAUUUCAGACCUUGAAUCUUGGAAUGAUGAGCUCUCUCAGCAGAUGAAUGACUUUGACACUGAAGAUCUUACAAUAGCGGAACAGAGGCUCCAGCAUCAUGCAGACAAGGCCCUGACCAUGAAUAACUUGACCUUUGAUGUCAUCCACCAAGGACAGGAUCUGCUGCAGUAUGUCAAUGAAGUACAGGCAUCUGGUGUUGAGCUGCUUUGUGACAGAGAUGUAGACAUGGCAACUCGUGUCCAGGACCUGCUGGAGUUCCUUCAUGAGAAGCAGCAGGAGCUGGACCUGGCAGCUGAGCAGCACCGCAAGCACCUGGAGCAGUGUGUGCAGCUUCGGCACCUGCAGGCUGAGGUCAAGCAGGUUUUGGGCUGGAUCCGAAACGGAGAGUCAAUGUUAAAUGCUGGCCUUAUCACUGCUAGUUCUUUACAGGAGGCAGAACAGUUACAGAGGGAGCAUGAGCAGUUUCAGCAUGCAAUAGAGAAAACGCAUCAAAGUGCCCUGCAGGUUCAGCAGAAGGCAGAGGCGAUGCUGCAGGCUAAUCACUAUGAUAUGGAUAUGAUUCGAGAGUGUGCAGAGAAGGUUGCUUCCCACUGGCAACAACUGAUGCUGAAGAUGGAGGACCGUCUCAAGCUUGUGAAUGCCUCUGUAGCCUUCUAUAAAACUUCUGAACAGGUGUGCAGUGUGCUGGAAAGCCUGGAGCAAGAAUAUAAGCGAGAAGAAGACUGGUGUGGAGGAGCAGACAAACUGGGUCCUAACUCUGAAACAGAUCAUGUUACGCCCAUGAUAAGCAAACACCUGGAACAGAAGGAGGCAUUCCUAAAGGCUUGCACACUGGCUCGGAGAAAUGCUGAUGUCUUCCUGAAAUACCUGCACAGGAACAGCGUAAACAUGCCAGGGAUGGUGACGCACAUCAAAGCACCUGAACAACAAGUCAAAAAUAUCUUAAAUGAACUCUUCCAGAGGGAGAAUCGUGUGCUCCAUUAUUGGACCAUGCGUAAAAGGCGUCUUGAUCAGUGCCAGCAAUACGUGGUGUUUGAAAGAAGUGCCAAACAGGCUUUGGAAUGGAUUCAUGACAAUGGAGAGUUUUAUUUAUCCACACAUACUUCCACUGGUUCUAGUAUCCAGCAUACUCAAGAGUUGUUAAAAGAACACGAAGAGUUUCAGAUCACAGCAAAGCAAACCAAAGAGAGGGUGAAGUUGUUGAUACAGCUGGCUGAUGGCUUUUGUGAAAAAGGGCAUGCUCAUGCAACAGAGAUUAAAAAAUGUGUCACAGCAGUGGAUAAGAGGUACAGAGACUUUUCCCUGCGCAUGGAGAAAUAUAGGACCUCUUUAGAGAAAGCUCUGGGUAUUUCUUCUGAUUCCAACAAAUCGAGCAAAAGCUUGCAGCUGGAUAUAAUCCCAGCCAGUGUUCCUGGGUCAGAGGUGAAACUGCGCGAUGCUGCACAUGAGCUUAAUGAAGAAAAACGAAAGUCUGCCCGCAGGAAAGAGUUCAUCAUGGCUGAGCUAAUUCAGACAGAAAAGGCUUACGUAAGAGACCUCCGGGAAUGCAUGGAUACCUAUCUGUGGGAAAUGACAAGUGGAGUUGAGGAGAUCCCGCCUGGUAUUGUAAACAAAGAACACAUUAUCUUUGGAAACAUGCAGGAAAUCUAUGAGUUUCACAAUAAUAUAUUCCUCAAGGAGCUGGAAAAAUAUGAACAGUUACCAGAAGAUGUUGGACACUGUUUCGUUACUUGGGCAGACAAAUUCCAGAUGUAUGUAACUUACUGUAAAAAUAAGCCAGAUUCUACCCAGCUGAUAUUAGAACAUGCAGGAGCAUACUUUGAUGAGAUACAACAACGGCAUGGACUGGCCAACUCUAUCUCCUCUUACCUUAUCAAACCUGUGCAAAGGAUAACAAAAUACCAGCUUCUUUUAAAGGAGCUGCUCACCUGUUGUGAAGAAGGUAAAGGUGAGAUUAAAGAUGGCCUGGAGGUGAUGCUUAGUGUGCCAAAGCGAGCCAAUGAUGCCAUGCACCUCAGUAUGCUGGAAGGCUUUGAUGAAAAUAUAGAAUCUCAGGGAGAGCUCAUCCUUCAAGAAUCUUUCCAAGUAUGGGACCCAAAAACUCUAAUUCGAAAGGGGAGAGAGAGGCAUCUUUUCCUUUUUGAGAUGUCUUUGGUUUUCAGUAAAGAAGUAAAGGACUCCAGUGGAAGGAGCAAGUACAUUUACAAGAGUAAACUGUUCACUUCUGAACUGGGCGUCACAGAACAUGUAGAAGGAGAUCCCUGCAAAUUUGCUCUGUGGGUUGGAAGGACACCAACUUCAGACAAUAAAAUCGUUCUCAAGGCGUCCAGUAUAGAGAAUAAACAGGACUGGAUCAAACACAUCCGGGAGGUAAUACAAGAAAGGACCAUUCAUCUGAAAGGAGCAUUGAAAGAGCCAAUCCACAUCCCCAAAACUGCACCAACAACAAAACAGAAAGGAAGAAGAGACGGCGAGGACCUGGACAGUCAGGGAGAUGGCAGCAGCCAGCCUGAUACUAUUUCGAUUGCCUCACGUACUUCACAGAACACACUAGACAGUGAUAAGUUGUCUGGUGGGUGUGAGCUGACGGUGGUAAUCCACGAUUUCACCGCCUGCAACAGUAAUGAGCUGACAAUCCGCCGUGGGCAGACAGUGGAGGUCGUGGAGAGGCCCCACGAUAAGCCAGACUGGUGUCUGGUUCGAACCACGGAUCGAUCCCCAGCUGCAGAAGGCCUGGUCCCCUGCGGAUCCCUCUGCAUUGCUCACUCUCGCAGUAGUAUGGAGAUGGAGGGGAUUUUCAACCACAAAGACUCCCUUUCGGUUUCCAGCAAUGAUGCCAGUCCUCCUGCUUCAGUAACAUCACUUCAGCCCCACAUGAUUGGUGCACAGAGCUCACCGGGUCCCAAGCGCCCUGGAAACACUUUGAGAAAAUGGCUUACCAGUCCUGUGAGGCGUCUUAGCAGUGGAAAAGCAGACGGGCAUGUCAAAAAACUGGCCCACAAGCAUAAGAAGAGCAGAGAGGUUCGUAAAAGUGCCGACGCGGGCUCUCAAAAGGAUUCUGAUGAUAGCGCAGCAACACCACAAGAUGAAACUGUUGAAGAGAGAGGUCGAAAUGAGGGUCUGAGCAGUGGCACUCUGUCUAAGUCAUCCUCUUCAGGCAUGCAGAGCUGUGGAGAGGAGGAAGGUGAAGAGGGAGCAGAUGCUGUGCCACUUCCUCCUCCAAUGGCAAUUCAGCAACACAGUCUUCUCCAGCCUGACUCACAGGAUGAUAAGACAUCUUCACGAUUAUUGGUGCGGCCAACCAGCUCCGAGACACCCAGUGCUGCAGAACUAGUCAGUGCAAUUGAGGAGCUCGUCAAAAGUAAAAUGGCCCUGGAGGAUCGUCCAAGUUCCUUGUUGGUAGAUCAAGGUGACAGCAGCAGCCCGUCUUUCAACCCUUCAGAUAACUCCCUUCUCUCCUCCUCAUCACCUAUAGAUGAGAUGGAAGAAAGGAAAUCCAGCUCCUUAAAAAGGCGACACUAUGUUUUACAGGAAUUAGUGGAGACUGAGCGAGAUUAUGUACGAGAUCUGGGCUAUGUAGUAGAGGGUUAUAUGGCACUUAUGAAGGAAGAUGGUGUACCUGAUGACAUGAAAGGCAAAGACAAGAUUGUAUUUGGAAACAUUCACCAGAUUUAUGACUGGCACAGAGACUUCUUUUUAGGAGAGUUGGAGAAGUGCCUUGAAGAUCCAGAAAAGCUGGGAUCUCUGUUUGUUAAGCAUGAAAGAAGGUUGCACAUGUACAUAGUUUACUGCCAAAACAAACCAAAGUCUGAGCACAUUGUCUCAGAGUACAUUGAUACAUUUUUUGAGGAUCUAAAGCAACGCCUAGGCCACAGACUUCAGCUGACAGACUUGCUAAUAAAACCUGUGCAGAGGAUUAUGAAAUACCAGCUGCUACUAAAGGACUUCCUCAAAUAUUCUAAGAAAGCUAAUCUUGAUACAACAGAACUAGAGAGAGCUGUAGAGGUCAUGUGUAUAGUACCAAAACGGUGUAAUGACAUGAUGAAUGUUGGCCGCCUGCAAGGAUUUGAUGGUAAAAUUGUAGCCCAGGGUAAGCUCCUGCUCCAGGACACGUUCUUGGUUACAGACCAGGACACAGGACUUCUGCCACGCUGCAAGGAGAGACGGGUCUUCCUUUUUGAGCAGAUUGUCAUUUUCAGUGAGCUGCUAGAUAAAAAGAAAGGUUUCUCCAUGCCCGGAUUCUUGUUUAAAAACAGUAUCAAGGUGAGUUGCCUUUCUCUGGAGGAAAAUGUGGACAGCGAUCCUUGUAAAUUUGCACUAUCGUCAAGAACGGGCGAUGUCACGGAGACCUUUAUUUUGCAUUCUGCCAGUCCAGGAGUCCGCCAGUUAUGGAUCCAUGAAAUUAACCAAAUUUUAGAAAACCAGCGCAACUUUUUAAAUGCCUUGACAUCCCCAAUUGAGUACCAGAGGAACCACGGUAGUGGUGGAGGCGGCACCGGGAGCAGCAGCGGUAACAGCAGUGGCCCCAGCAACUGUAGUGGCAUCCCCAGCUCCAGCCGUAGCCGGCCAUCCCGGAUCCCCCAGCCUGUCAGACACCAUUCCCCAGUCCUAGUCUCCUCUGCAGCCUCGGCCCAAGCAGAGGGAGACAAGAUGUCAGGUAUGUCCAUUCACAAUCUCUCCCUGCCACACUACAACACCUCUUUAGAAACUGGCCUGAGCCAGCCAGACAGGCAUCCUCCCAGUGCAGAACUGGAUGCUCCUCAGAGAGAAGCUGAGCAGAUUCCCAAGAUGAAAGUUAUUGAAAGUCCCAGGAAGACAGCAGGAAACAUUUCUGGGUCAGCUGAUGGAGCCCAGAAAGAUUCACGUGGAAUCUCAGAGGACAGUCGAUCAAGAAACAGCAUAGCAUCACUGACACUUGGAAAGCCAAGACCAGGAGCUGUCUCACCAAUGAACUCUCCUCUCUCCACGACUUUCCCUUCUUCUUUUGGCAAAGAAACCUUUCCACCCAGCAGCCCCCUGCAGAAGGGCUCCUUUUGGAGCUCCAUCCCAGCAUCCCCUGCCAGCCGCCCUGGCUCCUUCACUUUCCCUGGGGACAGUGACUCCCUCCAGCGGCAGGUCCACCGCCACUCUUCACACAGCAAGGACACAGACCGCAUGAGCACUUGCUCCUCGACCAGCGAGCAGUCAGUUCACUCCACCCAGAGUAAUGGGAGUGAAAGUAGCAGCAGUAGCAAUAUCUCCACCAUGCUGGUGACACACGAUUACACGGCAGUGAAGGAGGAUGAGAUAAAUGUCUACCAAGGAGAGGUCGUGCAGAUUCUCGCCAGCAACCAACAGAACAUGUUUUUGGUGUUCAGAGCCGCCACUGAUCAGUGCCCCGCAGCCGAGGGCUGGAUUCCCGGCUAUGUCUUGGGGCAUACCAGUGCAGUCAUAAUUGACAACCCUGAUGGAACCAUCAAGAAGUCAGCAUCUUGGCACACAGCACUCCGUUUAAGGAAGAAAUCUGAGAAAAAAGAUAAAGACGGCAAAAGGGAAGGCAAGCUAGAAAAUGGUUACCGCAAAUCCCGAGAAGGACUUGCCAACAAGGUUUCUGUAAAGCUUCUCAACCCCAAUUACAUUUAUGAUGUUCCCCCGGAGUUUAUAAUACCGUUGAGUGAGGUAACGUGUGAGACAGGAGAGACCAUCGUGCUUAGGUGUAAAAUCUGUGGUCGCCCCAAGGCUUCAGUUACUUGGAAAGGUCCUGAUCACAGCACACUGAGCAAUGAUGGUCAUCACAGCAUUUCGUACAGUGACUUAGGAGAGGCUUCACUGAAAAUCAUUGGUGUCACUGCAGAAGACGAUGGUAUCUAUACGUGUAUAGCUGCAAACGAUAUGGGUUCGGUUUCAUCUUCUGCCAGUCUACGAGUUUUAGGUCCUGGAAGUGAUGGAAUCAUUGUAAUCUGGAAAGACAACUUUGAUUCCCUCUACAGUGAAGUGGCUGAGCUUGGCAGGGGCAGAUUUUCUGUCGUUAAGAAGUGCGACCAGAAGGGAACCAAGCGAGCAGUAGCCACUAAAUUUGUGAAUAAGAAGUUGAUGAAGCGAGACCAAGUUACCCAUGAACUUGGAGUCAUGCAGAAUCUCCAGCAUCCCCAGCUCAUUGGCCUUCUUGAUACCUUUGAGACCUCCACCAACUACAUACUAGUGUUAGAAAUGGCUGACCAGGGUCGCCUUCUAGACUACGUCGUGCGAUGGGGAAAUCUCACAGAAGGGAAGAUCAGACUCUACCUGGGAGAGAUUCUGGAAGCUGUGCAGUAUCUUCACAACUGCAGAAUAGCACAUUUGGACCUAAAGCCUGAAAAUAUUUUGGUGGACCAGAGUUCCACUAAGCCAACAAUAAAACUGGCUGACUUUGGAGAUGCAGUCCAGCUCAAUACCACUUAUUAUAUCCACCAGUUACUUGGAAACCCAGAGUUUGCAGCUCCUGAAAUUAUUCUUGGAAAUCCUGUUUCCCUCACUUCAGAUGUUUGGAGCAUUGGAGUGCUCACAUAUGUCCUUCUUAGUGGUGUCUCUCCUUUCCUGGAUGAAAGCGUAGAGGAAACUUGCCUGAAUAUUUGCCGCUUAGACUUUAGUUUCCCAGAUGACUACUUCAAAGGAGUUAGCCAGAAGGCCAAAGAUUUUGUAUGCUUCCUACUUCAGGAUGAUCCAGCUAAGCGUCCCUCGGCUGCACUGGCCCUCCAGGAGCAAUGGCUGCAGCUGGGGAAUAGCAAAAGUGCUGACAGCAUUGACAUAUCCAGACUGACUUCGUUCAUUGAGCGGCGAAAACACCAGAAUGAUGUUCGACCCAUCCGUAGCAUUAAAAACUUCUUACAGAGCAGGCUCUUGCCCAGAGUUUGACAUUGCUUGAAGUUCUCUCUCAUUCUCUUUCACCUGCCAAUCAGACUGGAGAUGGACUCCUCCUGCCAAUCAAUCAGACUGGAGAUAGACUCCUGCCAAUCAAUCAGA